AUGAGCAACAAAAGCAGUGGUGUGAAGGUGUUCGCCAGAGUCAGAACAACAACUAAUUUUGCAUCAGAUAUGAUUGAGUUUUUACCUGAUAAUCAGACAAUACAUAUUCACACCAGACUAGACCAGCGAAAGGACGUGGUCAAUAAUCAGCACAGCGACUGGUCAUUCAAAGUAGAUGGGAUUCUCCAUAAUGUUCCACAGGAUGUUGUGUACAAAGUCGUUGCAAAGAAUGUGGUGUCUAGCACAAUAAAUGGCUUCAGCAGUACAAUAAUGUGUUAUGGACAAACAGGGGCAGGAAAAACCUAUACAAUGACUGGAGCUACAGAGAAAUAUGAUUACCGUGGUAUCAUCCCAAGAGCAAUUCAGCAGAUUUUUAAAGAGGUAGAAGAACAGGGGGAUCUUUCUCUCACCGUAUAUGUCUCAUACCUGGAAAUCUACAACGAGACUCUGUUUGACCUACUGUCUAGCCUGCCUGAUAGUUUGGAAACUGAUGGACACAUAAUGGUAGUGGAGGACAACUAUGGCGUGCAUGUCCGAGGGCUCUCAAUUCACCAGGUCAGCACUGAAGAAGAUGCCCUUAACUAUCUGUUUGAGGGUGAAACUAACCGAAUUAUUGCAUCACACUCAAUGAAUAAGAAUUCCUCCAGGUCUCAUUGCAUCUUCACAGUGUAUGUCGAGACUCGAUGGAAGGAGGCUUCAGAAGUCAAGUUUUUGGCCUCAAAGCUUAACAUGGUGGACCUUGCAGGUUCUGAGCGUUUGGGAAAAACAGGAUCUGAAGGACAAGUGAUGCGAGAAGCUAUGUACAUCAAUAAAUCACUUUCUUUCCUUGAGCAGACCAUCAUUGCUCUUGCUGAUCCCAAGAGGGGGCAUAUUCCAUUCAGGCAGAGUAAGCUUACACAUGUACUGAAGGAUUCUUUAGGUGGGACCUGCAACACAAUCUUGGUGGCAAAUAUCUAUGGAGAGGCAGCUCAAAUCGAGGAAACACUGUCUACACUCCGGUUUUCAUCAAGGCUAAUGUGUAUCCCAGCUGAGCCAGCCCCUAACGUAUUUAGUGAUCCCAAGAAAUUGGUUCAGAAUCUUCAGAAAGAGAUCCAGCUCCUGCAGGAUGAGCUGGCUAUGCACAACAUACUAGCUAACCGUCGCCAAACCAGCUAUGAAGCUUUGACUGAAAAUCAAGUUCAAGAAAUUAAGACUCAAGUUUGUAGAUAUCUUGAUGGUACACUGGAUGAAAUUAAUAUCACAAACCUCAGGCAACUCCGUGAGUCCUUUGCACAGUUCAAGAUAAUAUUGCAGCAACAAGGGCAGGAAAUAGAGACUGCAUUGCGGAAGAAGUACAUUCUGAUUGAUAAAAUGAAUAAAUCAACUAGCUAUACUCCUGAACCGGUGGUGACUGAGACAGCUGAAGAAACACAUGUUGGAGAAGUGAGUGGAGAGGGAUUUGGUAUUGGUCAAGCUCCAACAUCAGCUAAAGCCAAAAAGUUAAAAACCAAGAAGGGAAAAGAUCCAACUGGUAGCAACAUCAAGAAGGAACGAAUGUCUAUUGGAGGAAAAGAUGUUGAGAUGGUUUUACAUGUGAAAGAAUCUUCACCUCCUAUCCUUCCUGAGAAAGACACAACACAGAGAGACCUUGAAGUACUGAGUGCUGAUUCUGCACAGUCAGAAAUAGUUAUCAAAUUGGAAGAUAGCAAGUCCAGCACUCCUCCACUAAAAGCAUCAAUGUUUGAGGUGUUCAAAAAUGAAAAAGGACGUGAAAUUAAUCGUAUCUUAAUGGAGAAUAAAAGUAUUCUUAGUAUGAAAAGGAAGAGUGUGAAGGAGCUGACUGAAAGGAUCAACAACAUUAAGGAGGAAAUUGACAUCAGUAACCAGGCACUCAAUGUCAAGAAACAGGAGCGUCAGCAUCAAGGUGAUUACCUGAAUGAACAAGGUGAUCCAGUGAUCGAUGAAGAUGAGUUCAACUUGGUCAUGCAAUUGAAGGAUUUGAAACACCAAUACCGGCACGACUUUGAUACUUUGCGAGACCUGAAGGUGGAGCUCCAAUACUGCCACAAGCUGGUGGACCAGUGUAGGCUGCGGCUGUUAACAGAGUUUGAUAUUUGGUACAAUGAGUCUUUUCUCAUUUCUGAAGAUGUUCAGAAUUCAGUAAAAAAAGAUAACAUUCGACCAGGAUUGAUCCCAGAAUCCAGAAUGCUAUCUUUGGAUGAAGAUGAUAAGGAGAAGUUCCAACGUAUCCAGAAUGAUAUCCUGAUGAAAAAUCCAGGUUCAGCUGCAUUUUACAGGGCACAAAUGAGGCUGAAACAGAGGGUAGGUGAAUUCCAGCAAAAUUACCUCAGUGCCAUGGCUCAGCCUCAACCAGUAACCAUAAGGAAGAAGCCAGGAAUAAUCACCCAAACCAUCAAGAACAAACCACCCUCUAUCUUCAGUGUUACCUAGCAGUUAUACUAAUAGAAAAUAAAGCCAAAAAGGACCGUCCAGCAUAAAUACUGCUCAAUAACAUGUUUUUUCUAAAACAAAAAGCUGGCAACAAAUUUAAGGCCAGCAUCCCCAAAUCAAGGUUUGUACAAAGU